CCAGUAGCUACAGCUCUGAUUUGAUCCCUAGUCUGGGAACCUCCACAUGCUAAAAGUGGGGUCCUAAACACACACACACAAAAGGAGAAAAAGAAAAAGAACUUUGAAUACCCCUGUCAUCCCACCAACACAGGCCAGGGUGUUUGGUGUCUCUGUUCUGUAAUCCAUGUCUGCACUAUGUUCAUCAGCUGAUAUCUAUUUCCAGAAAACUGCAUGCAAACUGUUAUUGUUUCAGUAAAUGAUAAAAAUAAUACUUGCUGAUUAUUCAAACUUUAGGACUUUAGAAAAAAAGAAGCACACAUUUAUUAUGUUCAUUGAAACUUUUCCUUUUUAAAAAGAAUUCUUAAAAUUUUCAUCCAAGAAGGAUGCAAGUUCAGAUUGUUGAUGUUGGAAUUUUAUUAUGAUUUUGGUUAAAGUUUAAUGAAAGAGCUUCAGAGAGGGUCCAGUGAUGACCUUUAAGUAAAAAGAUCGAAAGACUGGCCCAGAACAAAAUUUUUGAGUCAAAAAAAAUUUAGAUUAAGGUCAUUAGACCAGAUUAGAAUGAUUGUUUUGAUAAUGAUGAUAAUAAUUCGUUUAUAUGCUGGGUCCUCAUGCAAAGCAGCUUCCUGAGACGACCUUGACAGUCACCCUGGGGCUAGGGAGGGUCCUGGGACAGGGGUUUGGGGGGGUGGUACCCAUGGCCAGCUGCUUUUCAGCCAGCACCUUUUAGUAGUGGAAGACUUUAGCCUUCGUUGUUGUUUUAGCCUUCUGUUGUUCUUUUUUUCCCCCCACAACUUCGUAUAAUUUUAUUUAUUUAUUUAUUUUUAUUACUCAAAUGAAUUUAUCACAUGUUGUUGUUCUUGACUUUAAUCACUGUAGGAAAAAUUCCUUAGCAAGGAUCUUUUGUGUAACAAGUAUGCCCUUUUUAAAAUACCUGCCAUGGAUGCUUUGACCAUUCUGAAUCCAUUUUCUCUUUUGAAAUGAGAGUUUACCAGCUGCUUCUUUGAGCACAGACUUUGUAAUCAGCUUCCCAUUUUUCAUACCAAGUGGAAGUGGGAAAGGAGAACUGGGGCUGACCAGUGCGUGAAGUAUUAUUUCUCUCUGGCUCUGGAAGGCGCUGACAUGCUCGGCUGCUGACAUCACCAUUGGUUUUCUGUCUGCUUCCUUUUUUUCCUGUUGUCCUUCCUUUUGGCCACUUGCCUCCCCCAGCACGGCUCAGAAAUGGAUGGGAGAGACCAUGGGCCUCCUGAGAACACCAGGGUUGCUUGGUCAUAGCUCGCUGUAAACAGAAGCCCGGAACUUAUUGCUGAGUGACGCUUCAAAUGAUCAAGAGGUCGACCUUCUUGAGUUCUGGCUGGCCGCCAAGAUGGCUCACCACCUGCAGCGUCUUUUCGGAGGAGGCGGCUGGCACGGAGGCCAGGCUACAUGAGAAGUGCAGCUGGGCCCCGGAUCAGGUUCUUCUCGCCAGCAGUGGGCAGUCUGCUCCGGGCCCAGGGAGGGGCAUGCAGUGAGGAGACCCAGCACUCUGAACCCAGGACAGGACCAUGUGGCCGUGACCCUGGAGGCCAGGGGCAGGGUCCCUCGACCGGGACCCUCAUUCCCUGGAGCACAGCAGCCUCUGCUUGGACCUCCACGGGCCCCCGAGGCCUGGCUCUGACAACAGGGAGAGGAACCCUGGGUCUCUCAGGGAUUCAGCCCAGAGGUGGCCGCGCCCUGCCCAGCAGGCUGACUAGGUCGUGUGGCUCCGGGGACAACAUAUGCCAGGGGGCGCCACCAUCCAUGGACAGUUGGGAGGCUCCGAGCCCGAGUCGGGAAGCAGCCUGUGGGAAAGGAGCCCUGGACACCUGGGCCAGAGGCUCUCUAUCCCCAGAGGAGGGAAGUGGCACCAACUGCAGCCUCGGAAGUGGCCCCAAGGUCGACCCCACCCCUCCUGGCUCUCAGGAUGUCUUCACCUCCAACUUCAGCUUCAUUCGCCUCUCCCUGGUCUCUGCCGGGGAACGUGGAGAAGCAGAAGGCUGUCCGCCACCCAGAGAGGCUGAGGCUUCUCAUCAGAGCCCCGAGGAGACAGUGGCCAAGGCUGCUGGUGUGGACGGGCCCCAUGAACACCCUCAGCUUCUCUCUCCCGCCUCACCCCUCAAGGCUCCUCAGGACCUGGCAGAUGCUGCCCAGAUGGCGGGGGACAGCCCCAGACUGGAGUGCGAGAUGCUUCCUUUGCUGGACAUGGACGCUGCCUCCUUCUGCUCCCUGGAUCCCUCGAGACCCGAGGGCAGCCACCCUCAGGAUGCUGACCUCUGGGACCCACUGCUCCGCACUUGUGAGCCUGCGCUGCUGCACUGCCUGCAGGGCCAGCGGAGGCGGCUGGAGGUAAAAUCCUUAAGAUUAAAACUUCGGAAACUUCAAGAAAAAGCGGUUGAGGAUGAUGAUUAUGAUAAGGCUGAGACGAUCCAGCAGCGAUUAGAAGACCUGGAGAAAGAGGGGAACAGCCUGCACUUCAUGCUCCCUUCGCGGCUGCCGGCCCUCAGUGGCCUCCUGGGCCACCUGGGGGCACAGGCCCAGGCGGCCCUGCACCGGGCAGCUCAGCAAGCUGGCAGUGAAGACACCCAAGCCUGGCUCAGAAUGGAGCUGAAGACGUUGGCACCCACAGUACAGGACACCCUGCAUGUGUCCAUCACCAGGCGAGACUGGCUUCUUCAAGAGAAGCAGCAGCUGCAGAAAGAAAUCGAAGCGCUCCAAGCCAGGAUGUCUGUACUAGAAGCAAAAGAUCAACAGCUGAGACAGGAAAUAGAAGCACAGGAGCACCUCCUCCCGUGGCAGGGCUGCGACCUCGUGGGCGGAAUGUCCCUGGGCGAGCUGCAGGAGGUCAGCCAGACCUUGCAGGACACCCAGGCCUUGGCCAAUCAGAUUCCUGUCCAUGCAGAGCCACCCGAAAGCAUAAGGAGCCUCCAAGAAAGGAUAAAAUCCCUCAACUUGUUGCUUAAAGAAAUCACUGCUAAGGUGUGUUCGAGUGAAAGACUCUGCAGCACCCUGAGGAAGAAGGUAAAGGAUAUUGAGACCCAUCUGCCGGCAUUGCUUGAAGCCAAAAUGCUUGCCGUAUCAGGAAACCACUUCUGUACAGCGAAGGAACUCACGGAUGAGAUCAGAUCCUUAAGAGCAGAGAGGGAAGGCCUGGAGGGACUUCUCCAUAAGCUGUUGGUGCUGAGUUCCAGGAACGUCCAGAAGUUGGGAAGUGUUAAAGAUGAUUACAGCCGACUGAGGAGAGAAUUGGACCUGGGGAGAGCCGCCUACGAAGCAAGUGUGAAGGCGAAUACAAUGAAGUACGGGGAGGUGCUUGAGGAUCAACUGCGCAGCUGCAAGUGUCCACUGCUCAGAAAAGUGUGGGAAGCUGACUUGGAAGCUUGUCGGUUAUUUAUCCAGAGCCUGCAGCUCCAGGAGCCUGGGGGCAGCCUGUCUGCAGAAGAUGAGAGACAGAUGGAUGACUUAGGGAGCAGUGCUUGUACAGCCCCUCUGGCCAUCCCCCUGAGGCCCCCCUCUGAAGAUGAGAGGAAGACCCCUUUGCAAGCUUCUGAAGAGUGGAAGGUGCACUUGACCCCCUCGCCUCACUGUGCUGGCAGUGAACAGCAGAAAGAGGAAUCUUACAACCUUUUGGCAGAACUUGGAGAAAAAUGUGAAGCCAUAGGCAAGAAGUUAUUGUACCUGGAAGAUCAACUUCACACCGCGAUCCAGAGUCACGAUGAAGACCUCAUUCAGUCUCUCAGGAGGGAGCUCCAGAUGGUGAAGGAGACUCUGCAGGCCAUGAUCCUGCAGCUCCAGCCAGCAAAGGAGGCGGGAGAAAGGGAGGCUGCAGCUUCCUGUGUGACAGCUGGUGUCCGGGAAGCACAGGCCUGAGGCGUGGCAAUGCGGAGAGGAGG